AUGAUAUCUAGGGUACGGUUUGCGAGACCUCUUAGGUUUCCAAGGCCUCUCUGCCAAGUGAGGUUCAACUCCAACAAGUACCGUUCGAUUGAAGAAUUCAAUAAACAGAAAAAGGAGUUCAAGUUUGGCCAUGGCAUAGAUGAGAUGGAUGAAACCGAAAGUGCCGAUCGGAAGGAAAGACUUGAUAAUGUGGCUGAGGGGUUUGUGGAAUUUGAUCCUCUGACACAUCCUCGUCUUCAAGGGAUUGAGCCGAACUCGCCUGAAUGGAAAGAACAGUUGUUCAUUAUCCAGAAGGAGAUGCAGAAGGAACAGGAGAAACAGCGUAAGGCGUGGGAAAGAAACGAAAGACUUAAGGGGCUUGGUGCUGGUGUGUUUGCGCUUGUUUCCAUUGUUUCUGUUUAUUCGCUUGUGAUGAACUAUAAGUACUUGAAGGGUUGGUUCCUGAAUAAGAUUAACUAUGAUAUUGAUGAUUCUAAGGUUAGAGAUAUGAAGGAUCCUAAGGAGAAUAAGAAGAAGGUAGCUAAUCUUGUGGACCGUUUGAGUGGCGAGCUUGCGCUGUCGCCUGGGUUUGUAAAGAACUUGCUUGAUUCAAAGUCAAACACUGGUCUUUAUGUCUUUGGUGGCUUCUCUAAAAAUAAGCUUCCUACGAGAUUGAGCUUUUUCGAUGGCAUGCUUCUUCAGGAUAUGUUGAUUGAGCAUGACUACUUGGUUGCAAUUGACGAUCUGGGCAAGGUGUACCAUUACAGUCCAAAGUUCAAGGAACCAAUUGCCGUGAACAUGCCGCUGAAGGUAUCUCGUGUGUUGCAUUCUGGAGACAGCUUUUACUACUUGGGUAAGAACAAGAAGGAGAUUUUCUAUGGUCCAAAGCUUAGUCAGCUUCCUAAGAAACAAAGAGGCUGGCUCGGCUCUUCAAGCUAUAGUUAUUCGGCUGAAAAGUUGAAACUUGACGCCAUGAAGGGUGAAACAGUUGAGGAUAUCACAGCAGGUCUUAACCAUUUGCUUAUUCUUAGUUCAAAGGGUAAGCUUUAUGGCGCUGUUGCUGCUCGUGAGCCAUUGAACAAAGGACAGUUUGGUUUGCCCAAGUACUCUCCAUACUUGAAAUCGCCAAUUGACGUCUCUAACGAAGUCUAUGAUUUGGCCAACUUGAAUAACGAAAUUGUCACAAACAAGGAUGGUAAGUAUGUGCGUCCACGUACGUUCUCGUCAAUUGCAACAGGUGACAACUUCAAUAUUGCCAGUGAAGCGAACGGAAACAUUUGGACUUGGGGCGCCAACACUUUUGGCCAGUGCGGCAAAGACUUGACUUCUACUGAUGAUAUCCAGCCAGUUCCAAGAGUAGCAUAUACAUUGGCUGAGUUGGAAAAGAUCCUGAAGUACAGUUUGCCAAAGAACGGAGCUGGUUUCAAGUUCCACGUCAAGAAUGUUUUUGCAUCGAGCGAAUCUUCCUUCAUUCAAUUGCAAAGCACCAACGAAGAGGAUCCUUCCAAGGACCAAGAGCUCUUGCUUAGUUUUGGGGCUGGUCUUAGCGGACAGUUGGGUCUUUCGAAGUACAUGCACGUCGCUUCUGUUCCAGCUGUGCUCAAGUCGCUUGUUGGUCUUACUGAAUUCGACGAAAAGGCCAAGGCUAUCAAGAACAUUGGAAUCAAGAAUGUCAUUCCUGGUGGCCACCAUGUGUUUGUUGUAUUGGACAACUCAGGCCCUAACAAGGAUGUUCUUGUGUUUGGCCAAAACGAUAAGGGCCAGUUUGGUAACGGAAAGAGCGUCAAGAGCUCUAAACCUGUGGCCUUGCCUAAACUCAUUGAGCCCAGCGACUUUGCAGAAAGCGAAUCUGCAUCAAAGAAGAAGUUGGCAAAGAAGAUCAACAAUGUCACCACCAGUCGACUCCAGCUUCUCGACGGAGAGAAAAUCGGCAAGAAGAAGGUCGAACAAGUCAUUACCGGUGGAAGCGACGGGUCAGCAAUCUACUACCGUCCGCAGUAA